AUGAUGACUACCUAUAUGUUGAGCUUCCUGGACAAACAAACUCUGAACUACUCGAAUGCCUACGGUCUCCAGGCGGAUACACAUAUGACUGGCGAUGAUUACUCAUGGGUAGCUUCAGCCCUGUAUUUCGGGUGGCUCUUCGGAGCAUACCCUUGGAAUAUAGUGUUACAACGGUAUCCCAUUGGUAGACUCAUCGGUGGUAUGCUGUUCGUGUGGGGAACGGUUUGCAUGCUUCAAGCCACAGUGGCCAAUUUCGGCGGCUUCUUUACGAUUCGCUUCUUCCUUGGUUGGCUCGAGGGUGUAAUUUCACCAGCAUUCGUUCUUCUGACAUCUAUGCUCUGGACACGCGAGGAACAAACCUUCCGGACCUCGCUAUGGCUUUCCACGAACGGUGUCUCGAGUAUCCUCGGUGCGCUUCUAGCCUAUGGAGCGGGUCAUGCUGAUAAUCUUGCGGUUUCGAGCUGGAAGUUGAUUUACCUGAUUGUGGGAGCGUUGACAUUCGUAUGGGGCUUCGUCAUUAUUGUCUAUCUCCCCGACGGGCCCCACAACGCCAAAAUGCUGACCGAGUAUGAACGAAUGGUUGCUGUAUGGAGGGUGUCCAAAAACCAGAUGGGUAUCAAGCACCGUGUAAUCAACCGAGCUCAAAUCAAAGAAGCUCUUCUCGACGGCCGCACUUAUCUUCUCCUGGCCAUGGGAGCUUGUACAGGCAUUCUGAACGGAAGCGUGGCCAACUUCGCUUCCAGUCUAAUCAAAGGCUUUGGCUUCAAUGCUCUGAGAACUUCCUUGCUCCAGACCCCAGGCGGCGCAUUCGAAAUUAUCGGGUGUGUUUUCUUUGGAUGGCUCUCGACCAAGAAGAAUCUACUUGGAUUCUCCAUCAUAGUAUCCUCUCUACCCGGAAUCGCGGGAUUAAUCGGUCUCUUGACCAUCGACAUCAAGCACCGCUACGCCCUGGUCGCCUGCUGCUGGCUGCAGAACAUCCUCGGCAGCCCAAUAGUGCUGGGAUGGACAUUACCCGGCGUCAACACGGCAGGCCACACGAAACGAGCGACGGUGAUAGGCUUGUUCUUCAUCUUCUACGCCGGCGGCAACAUCGCAGGCCCACACAUGUUUUUGCCCAGGGAGUCACCCCGGUACUUCUCUGCCAUCCGAGGCUUACUGGGAACUUACUGUGCUCUGAUUCUCCUGCAGGUCAUCUACACCGCGUGGGUCUACUCUAUCAAUAAGUCGAGGGAUCGUCAAGGUCUGCACGCCGAACGACAGGAGGAAGAGUUGCUGGAAGGAUUCGAGGACUUGACUGAUAAGCAGAACAUCCAUUUUAGAUACAAGGUCUAA